GUCAUGGCCCUGCCACUUUACGACACUAGGUCAAUCCUAACGCGAACGCGGUACCAACUUUAAAGGGCAGGGCAUUUAUUUGCUGCACUAGUAGACGAUACAUUCAUUGAUUGACGACACGACUUUACCUGACCUGAUUAUUUCGCAUUCCCGCGUCAAUCCUCGAGGGCACCAAAACACGCCCUGCGACCUCAAGAUAACGACCAUAGCCCGUGUCCAAAUCUCAACCUUGCCAUCAUCGUUUCGUCGUCACAGCGUAGUAGUGCACAGCUGCUUGCCCGCCAUGCCACCGUCGGCAAAGAGAGCCUCUAGGGCUCGUCGCGAACCGCGUAAAGCCGCGACGUCCAACGCAGAUACAUCACCAGGCGACGUCGAAGAUUCCUCCCCCAGUCGUCCAGCAAAGCGUCGUAAGAAGGUCCAAGAAGAUGAAGACCCCCCCGCGCCCAACGAUGAUCAACUGGUGUCGCAAAUCACACAGCAUCUCAGAAGUCAGGAAGUCCAGGCCAGCAAGGAUCACGCAAAUGUCAUACACGAGGCCAAGGGCGAUGGUGUAAAAGCCUACGCCAAAGUGGCUGCUCAGGACUGGACCUUUUAUAUCACCAAGCUCAACGUUAACAUAGGCCGAGCUCCCGAGACGUCACAUAACUCUCAGACCGUGGGCUCCGACGAAGACGAGUCCUACGUCCACAUCGACUUGGGCCCUAGCAAGAUGGUAUCGCGAGAGCAUGCUACCAUAUCAUUCGAUUCCAAGGACGAGAAGUGGUUCCUGCAUGUCAAAGGCCGUAACGGUGCCAAGGUGGACAGCCAGCCCGUUAAAGCCGGACAGGCUCAUCCUCUCACAAGCGGCGAAGUCAUUGAGAUUGGAAAUGUCGAGAUGAUGUUCGUGCUUCCGUCCGAGAUAACUCCACUGACUGUGCAUCCCAUCUAUUUGCAACGUGCUGGAGUCAGUGUUCAUACACCACAAUCUCGUACUUCGCGUCGACAACCCCUCAUUGCACCGGCGCCUCCGGAAUACAAACGCCCAGGCACGCCGCCCUCGGCCCAGAGCACUGCCAAAUCACCGGCAGCGAGCACGCCGGCCGUCAUGGUUGGUGCUAAUGGUGUAGAUCUGAGCCAAGAUGAGAACCAGCAUAUCAAGCCUCAAUAUAGCUAUGCUCAAAUGAUUACACAAGCGAUCCUGAACGCACCUGACGGGAAGCUGAAUCUGAACGGGAUCUAUACCUACAUCAUGAACACAUACGCCUACUAUCGUCAUCAACAGGCUGCUGGCUGGCAGAACUCAAUUCGUCAUAACCUUUCAUUGAACAAAUCAUUUGACAAGGUUGCCAGAUUAACCGAUGAGCCUGGCAAGGGGAUGAAGUGGCAAAUUGUCCCAGAAGCAAGAGAGGAGAUGAUAAGAAACGCCUAUCGCGUUGGCCGAGGCGGUCAUCGUGGUUCAUCUGCCCCCUCAUCCCCAAACCAACUUGCCUACAUCACACAUGGCCCAAGAGACAUGGCCUCGAGAGAACCUCCCUCAGCCCGCAGACGAAGGGCAUCCCCUCCGGCAUCACCACAGCCACCUGGAUCCUCUUUGCUAAUUCCCCAGUCCACCCCUGAUCGAUCUUUUGGUAGAAACGCGACCAUGAUGAUUGAUGGCAGCCCAUUGCCGCGUCCUAGGAAGACGCCAGCAAGAGACUCAUCGUUUUCGGUGUACAAUCCUCAGUCACCCACGCUCACAUCUUCAUACCAGGAGGACGGAGGCUCAUUCGUCACCCCAGCACCGCCCAGGAUGCACCCUAAGCUUGCUCCUCCAAGCACAGCGCAGAGACCAAGUCAACACAUGCCCACCAGCUCACCUGCCCCUUUCUGGAAAUACGCAGACAUAGGCAGCACGCCCUUGAAACCUCUUGGUGGCUACGAUGUCAGUCCUACCAAGGCUGGAGGGGUUCUCCCCUCGCAGAGUAGCAGUCCGCCAAGGGGAGACAAGUCACCUCUUAGCAGCCCCUCUCGACCUCAAAAGUCAAGUCCACAGCCUAUUGCUCAACCGGCAGAGGCCGAAGAGGAGCACGGCUUUGAUUUAACCAAGGGGUUCCAGAGUAUCGGUGCGUAUCAUGCGCCAGUUGGCGGAGGGGCGUCUAUCUUGCAAGGCCGUACUUAGGCUUCCUUUCUACCCUGGCGUUUCUGUUUCAAGGGGGAUAAGUCACUGAGCCAUGAAUUGUACUAAACUUUUGAGUACAUGAUGUUGCCGUCCAAGGAUGUUGACGACACUUAUGAAUGCAACGCGCCAACGAAAAAGCAUCUCUCCUCGACUUAGGUAUCUUCGUGACUGAACGGUUAGCUCAACGACUCACUUGAUCUUAUAGACCUUUCCGCAUCACUGAGGAAUCCUAGCUCGACAGACAGACCCAAGUGCUCCAAGUGUGAACAUGUUAUAUAAGAGU